CACAAUGAGUAUUCUCAAAGUAAUAUGUGCCUUUCUCUUCCUCCUAAUUGCUUCUUUGGGAGCUGAAGCAAGAAAUUUGCUAGAUACAUAUGGGAGGACUUCACGUGUACUACCGCCGGCCGCUCUGACAUCAUCUCCGGCAACAAGAGAGGUAUCCACCUCCUCUCCGGCCGCCGGAAAACUCCAAGACGACGACAAUCUGCUCUUAAUGGUCACUAGUAACUGUGACAGUGAUAACCUCAAGAAUAUGGGAAGGCCGCCGGGCAGACGAUCACCUCCGCCACCGAAACCAGACGACCCUUGGGAACAGAAAAUCAUCGAUGAUGGCCGGAAAACAUGCAGUAAUAAUAAGUAUGAAAGGCCGGGUGGACGGUCGCCUCCGCCGGCACCGAAACCAGAGGAUCCUCCGGGACCGAUGAUCAUCAACGCUUUUGAUGGUGGCCGGAAAACAAUUAUGAAAGGCCGGCACCAUCUCCAAAGCUAUCUCAGCCUUGGGAGCGGACAAUUAUCGCCACCGCUUGCGGUGGUGGGAGCAAAGGCUGCAAAAAAGUGACGAGUCUCAAGGUAAUGAGCUGAGAGAAUUAUAUUUCACCCAGUGUGAGCGUAGCGUGAUCUACCUUAUCUCAUAUAUAUAU